AUGGAUGCUCCAAGGAGAGUUACCAUCAAGGAAGCGGGUGCACCAGAUUAUGUCCUUCAACCCCUUCACGUAACUCACCCCAACUUGAAUGCUAACUUUGAAUUGAAGACCGCUUUGAUCAACCUCCUACCCAAGUUUCAUGGGCUUCCCGCACAAGACCCUAUUCGACAUCUCAAGGACUUCCAUCGCAUAUGCUCGACUACUAGACGGGAAGGGUCCGAUGAAGUUGCUAUAUGGUUGAUUGCUUUCCCUUUCUCUCUUGAGGAUAAGGCUAAAGAAUGGUUCUACAUCCUCUCUAGUGAAGUUACCUCCGAUUGGGACUUACUUAGAAGGGGAUUCUUGGAUAAAUUCCUACCUCCGGAAAAGAUGGAUAGGCUAAGGAAAGAAAUGUCUUGUAUUGUGCAAGGUGAGACAGAACCACUCUAUGAGUAUUGGGAACGGUUCCGUAAGCUACUAGAUGCAUGCCCCAAUCACAUGCUUGACACUCAAGUAUUGCUUGGAUACAUAUGUCAAGGGAUGCGAGAGCAAGAUAGAACCCUCUUGGACACUUCUAGCAAUGGUUCUUUGUCCAAAUACAAAACCGCGGAGGAGGCAUGGCAACUUAUUAUUGACUUAGCCGAAUCCAACCAACAUAUGAGGCGAAGAGUCAAUCGUCCAAGGACCGUGAAUGAGGUAUCAACUAGUAGUGAAACCACCGCUCUAACCCAAUCCUUAAAUGAGAUGACAUCCAUCUUGAAGCAACUCCAAUUGAACCAACAACAACCACAACCUCAAUCAUACCAACAACAACAUCCUCCACCACUUCAACAACACAACCAACAAUUGGUCCCUCAAAGGGUAUGUGGCAUUUGCUCUUGUUACUCUCACCACACGGAUGAGUGCCCAAGCCUUCAAGAAGACAAUACCUUGGCGGCUACUCACAAUUUCUAUGAUCGCCCCAAUCAAGGAUACUACCAAGGCGAUAUAGAAGAGGUAGUGGAAGAGGAGACACCACAAGCUAUAAUUGAGGAUGAAGCUCAACCAACAAAGGAGACCCCCAAGGCCAAGAGAACCUUGGAAGAAGAAAUUGCUCAACCACUCCCAUUCCCAUCACUUGCAAAGAAAGCUAGAAAGCGCAUAGAACUCGACCCCAAAAUGGUAGAAAUGUUCAAGAAAGUUGAGGUAACCAUCCCCCUCUUUGAUGCUAUCCACCAAGUUCCUAGAUAUGCUAAAUUCCUCAAAGACUUAUGCACACAUAAGGACAGAAUUCUUGAAUUGGAAACCAUUCCAUUGGGAAGUUCUAUUUCCGCUUUAAUGGGAACACUACCCGAGAAGUGUGAUGAUCCGGGCCCUUGUAUGGUCACUUGCACAGUCAAUGGAGUUCAAUUUAGAGAUUGCAUGUGUGACCUUGGAGCAUGUGUUAGCAUCAUGCCGCUCUCCGUCUACCGGCUAUUGAACUUGCCAUCCCUAAAAAGGUCGACGGCAAGAUUUGUCUUAGCGGAUAAAAGCAUAAUAACCGUGGCGGGUGUUGCGGAAGAUGUAUUGGUGAAUAUAAAAGGGUUGGUGUUCCCGAUUGACUUCUAUGUUCUUGAAAUGCCAUCAAGCGAAACCGAGAGAGCAUCGUCUAUCCUACUUGGAAGACCAUUCUUGAGAACUUCUAGAUUUAAACUUGAUGCUUACUCGGGAACUACUCAUUUGAAAUAG